AUGACACAAAGGAAAAGCUUAGUGAAACGCAUUUUUUUACACUCUCGAAAGUUUGUCCUCAAUUUAUUGGAAACAUCAUCGGUUCACGGAUUUCAGCAUAUUGUGCAAGGAGGGGUUCAUGUGGUCGAACGCAUCUUCUGGAUUUCCUGUAUUACGCUGGGAGUUUUUGGAAUGAUUGCUUUGGCCCAACGAAUCUGGUUCCGCUACCAAACGUCACCAGUUGUCAUUUCAAUGGAUCGCAACAUGUAUUUCUGGAAUACAAGUUUUCCAAGUGUCACCGUUUGCUCUCGUCAUCGAAUUGACGACCAGAAGGUUGAACAAUACAUUCAGCAACACCCGGAAACAUUUGCGACCGAAGACGACAAAGAAGACUUCAAAGAAUUUAUUACUAAGCUAGCGAAUGCAACCUACGACACAUUCUUGGACUUGCCCAUGCACAAAACAUACGGGAUACCAACCACACAAUAUUUGAAUUUAAUCCACAAUUUAUCAUUAGCUUUUCACCCUCAAAUCAGUAGCGGAACUCUAUUGCCCUUACUAGGGCAGCAAACUAUUACAGAGCUAGGAGUGUGCCUGUCGGUUAACUCUAUUGUAGCAGAAUACAGUUCGUACCAGUACUGGUCGAGUGAUCGUUGGGAUUUGCUUCCAUCACCGAUUACUGCUGUUGUUCAUCCACUGGACGGCGAAGUAUAUGGACAGUUGGUCAAGCUGGAAAAUUCCUACGAGGUGUAUUUUCACGGGUACAUGGAGAUUCCUGAGAUUUCGAAACGAAGAUAUCUGUUCCUAGAGGCUUUUUACACUACAGUGGAACUACUAGCGUUGGAGCUUAUCACGUCACCUUCGGCUAGACAGUUGGCAGUAUCUCAGAGACAAUGUCGAUUUACACACGAAGCUGAUGUUCUGGAGUUUAGCCCCGUUUACAGCUAUAACCUGUGUCGGAUUGAAUGUCGCAUGCGUUUGGCUGUCCGGUAUUGUGGCUGUAUUCCUCAUUUCUAUCGAAGCAGAGAUGUACUAAUAACAUUACGUGAAGGAAACAAAUCCGUGCAGUGCAACUGUCUCCCCAAUUGCGACGAUUCAAACUUUUUCGUGCAAGCCUACCGAUCCAGAGAAUGGUUUCUAGGAGCUAAUCUCCAGUGGGGUUUUACCGAGUAUCCAAAAAUGCAACUACAGCGAGAUAUCAUUUUUGGACUGUCAGAUGUCUUCGUGUACAUAGGUGGUCUUGGCGGAUUUUUCCUGGGUUGCAGUUUGCUAACCUGUACUGAAUUCGUGUAUUUCCUCAUCUGGCGACUGUUCAAACUAACAAAUGACAACCAUAGAAACUAGUAACGACGGUUAGCU